UAAAAUAAUUUGCUCAAAAGAGAACAGUAAACUCAAGUAAUGGCGGUAACAAACCUUUUGGUAGUGUUUUGUGUGUUUUUCUCUUUUCAAUAUGUUUACGGAGAUGUGGCAUCUGACUGGAUUUUGUUUUACAGAAACAUUUUUAAUUCCUACAAUAAAAACAUUUUUCCAAGGAAUGCUCAAAGUGACACGAUUACUGUGACACUUUCAUAUUACCUGAACGCCAUCAACAAUUUUGAUGAGGUAGGAGGAGUACUGAAGACGGUCGGUUUUUUGUCAGUAGAGUGGAAAAGUGAUCUUGCCAAAUGGAGCGAGAAACCACGUGGAAUGUCUGCUGCUAUUCCUGACACUAUGAUUCCACUCUCAGAACUUUGGCACCCUCCAAUAACGCUCGCCAACUCCGUUACCUCUCUAGCCGAGCUCGGAUCAACAGCGGACCUGGUCUGGGCAAAAUAUGAUGGGACUCAAAUUUGGCGACCUGCUGUUAUUUUGUCUUCUUCGUGUUCCACGGAGCCUCUUUACUUUCCCUUCGAUACACAGAAGUGUAAUUUGACUUUUAGGGCUUGGGAUCAUAUCGGCUCAGAAAUUUCCCUAACAUCUUCGGAUACUAAAGUAAAUCUGGACUUCUUCAGCGAUAAUGAACAAUGGGAAUUACUUGACACGGAAGUUUUACCCUGGUCAAGGGAUGGCAUAUCUUUUGUUACAUAUACCUUGAAAAUACGAAGGAUUCCACUUUGGUUUAUCAUCAACAUGGCAGCACCUAUUGGGCUGUUGGGACUUCUCUCUACUUUCGUUUUUUUGCUCCCAAUCGAGGAAGGGCGUGUAGGAUAUGCAUUGGGAUCAUUCUUGACAUUUGCUGUCUAUCUGUCGUAUAUCAUCGACAGUUUACCAAAGGCCUCGGAUCCUAUGUCCUACCUGACAAUAUACAUUGUCACUCAAGUCAUCAUGAGCGGAAGUAUUGCGUGCAUCUCCGUUUUUACUGUGAGAUUGUACCUUAAAGACGAGGACGCCAGAGUUCCAACAUGCAUGGCGAUAUUCAUUGGUUUCAUCUGCUGCAGAUUCUGUGCCAAAGAUGAGUUUGAAGAAGUUUAUAAACCGGAUGUACCUCAGAUUAGAGAGAAUGAUAGCGGCACGGGAUUCCCUGCAGACAACGAGAACGAGCCGCCGCAGAGAGAAACCUUGAAACCAGAAAGUCUGCCACCAAGUAUCAAAUUCGGCGUACCCAACGUUAAGUGGAGGCCACUUGAUGCAGACAGAGAGGACGAGGUAGAUGAAGAAAAACUCGGUUGUAUGAAUAUUCCUAGGGUUGGAUGGAAGAUGGUCGCCAGAUCCCUUGAUUAUUUCUUUUUUGCAGUGAAAACAUCUUGCUUAGUCUGUGAAUCCAUGCCUGUUCCUAAUCUUGACCAUGUCAAAUUGCUCUUUAAUGACUUAUUUACGAACAACAAAGAAUACAGCAAUCUGGUUUUCCCCCAUGAAGACCAGUUGGAAACGAUCAAAGUGAAUAUGAAAUUUGCGCUAUAUUCUAUUCCAGAAUUUGAUGAAGUUGGAGGAACGCUUAGUUUAAUAGGACGAUUAAAAAUGGCUUGGUUUGACAGUUUCGUUAUUGAAAAAUACACACCCCAAAAACAUGUUCUCGAGGCGUUGGAUAUUCCUCAAGACGACAUCUGGCUCCCUCCAAUCACUGUUUUCAAUUCCGUAGAUUCACUGACGCCAGUUGGUAACGCUGGAUAUGAGGUGACUGUUACUCUCACUAAUGGGUAUGUACAAUGGGAGAUAGGUGUAGUAACGAAAACUGGUUGUACAGUUGUGGCCACAGAUUACCCGUUCGAUACCCAGUAUUGCACAAUUACUUUUACUCCCUGGGGAUACUCUAGUAAUGAAGUGUCUAUCCAGACGGAUGAAGACAAUAUCAAUAUUGAAGAUUUUAUUGAAAAUGAGGAAUGGGCCGUUCUAGAAACUACUCAAGAGGUGUAUGUGGCCGCCAAUCGCUCUCUGAUUACCUAUAACCUGACAUUAAAGCGAAGGCCUGUGUUUUUCAUUGUCAAUAUGAUGGUCCCUAUUGUUUUAUUGGGCAUGCUCAACAGCCUCUGCUUUGUUCUCCCUAUUGAUUCUGGUGAACGAGUUGGCUUUGCAACAAACGUUUUCCUCACUUUCGCUGUGUAUUUGACAAUACUUUCUGGAGAACUUCCGGUCUCGAACCCACUUUCGAUUAUGAGUUACUAUGUGGCCGCCAUGUUGUCUGUCAGCAGUAUAACAACUCUUAUCGCCAUUUUUACGAUUCAAGUCUCCAUCUACGACCCCAAUGAGAAAGUUCCAGCCUUAGUAGUGUACAUCGUAGCUUUUGUCACGUGCCGGGUAUGUCGAAGACGAUACCGAAGAAUGGGGCAGCGUCACGAAACCUUCGAAAAGACACCCUUGGAGGACAAUAGUACCGAUUCGGGGAUAUCUGGCGUGAAUAAUGAGGAACCAGGGGAAGAGAACGAUAACAUUGAAAAAUAUAAGUUCGGGGUGUCGUGGCGGGUGGUGGGAAAGACACUUGAUAAGUUCUUUUUUCUUCUCUUCUCUUCUGGAACUUUGGCAGUUUCAGGCUAUUAUCUGGUUCCUCUCUUUAUGAAACUAGACACAUCUAUUGCAUGAAUGAUGAUUAUUUUUUCCCCACUUUAUAUGGAGGCAGGUCAUCUAUGAGAGAGGUCAUUAUCCUUUAGAUAAAAUGAAUAGCUUUAUUUUGAUGAAACUUGGUACAUUUUAUACUGUUAAUGAGUACUGGUCAUUCUAUGC